GAAAAAACGGCCCUGCAAGAUUGGCCGCUUCGUUUCCUGCAGAGAUGGGGAACGAGGGCCAUAUUUCGGACUCGUGGCCUUCAAUUCCCAGAAUUCCUGAGCUUAGGAAGUCCACAAGUCAUAAAAGUGGCCCUCGUUCCCCACCCCUGGUUGUUCUGCCUCCUGGAUGCGCUGCUCCUUCCUGUACGCCACCCCUUCCCUCUGAUGUCUUCCUCCUUUUAGGACCUUUACCACCGGACGGUGACCGCCUGCAGCGCCAUGCUCACCAGCUUGCUGUCGGAGGCUCCCAAUUUGGAUUCCCUGCAGGAGAUCUUGAUGCACACAAAUAUCUGGAUUGAAUCUCCCAAGAUUCACGAGAGAGAGAGGGCCAUUAAAAGCACCCGGUACCUCCUGAAGUUUGUUUCUGAACAGACAGAUUUCGACACCACAGCUGACUUUUAUCUGCUGGGGCAGCUGGUGGCGUUGCUGGGCCUGCACAUUGGCGACAGUGUCAAAGAAAUUGGCCAGACCUCUGCGGAGGCCGCCUACCACCUCCACUGCAUCAUCCUGAACAAAAUGGCUCAAGAGAUGGCGAUGAAGCCCAAGAAUAAAAAGGGGCAUAAUGUGACAUGGGCAAAGGAAGAUCUCCAAAGUUCAAGCCCAGGGAUCUUCUAUAAUGACAUCUCCAUAAUGGCUAAGGCCUUUGGUGAGCAUCUCUCCCCCAUAAACAUCACAGACCUGAUGCUGAAAAUAAUUGAGGCUCUCACACAUGAGGAGAAGACCAUUUGCCAGGCUGCGGGAGUACUACUCCUCUCCUUCCUGGAGGAAUGUUGUAUGGACAUGGAGGAAGUACCCAAGAUCCUCAGGGAAAUUUACCAUCGUCUCCCCAACAUCAGUGAACCGGCCACAAAACAAAACACCCUGAAGUCCGUGUGUCACCUGGCAUCUAAAUGGGUGAAAGAAGUGGUGGACUUUCUCCUGGAACGCUCCCCGGAUUGCGAUCAAAGUGCAGGAGAGAUAUGGAGGGCGCUGACAGAAGACCCAUUUUUAAAGGGAAAAUUACUAAGAGCCCUGCAGAAGAGGCUCCGGGGAAAGCGCUGUCGAUGGCUGUAGACCCUGGGAUACAAACACUCCGUUCCCAGGGUCCAAUUAUGUCGCUGGCGGGCCCAUCAGGGCUGAAUGCCACCCUGGAGGUGAAUUCUUUGAAGAAACCAAAAUAGCCUCCGGAACCGGCAAGAGAAAGGCGGAGAGCUUCGCGUUUGCCACCAUUUCCAGCAGAUCAUCGGAGACAGGAGUCAGCAGUUUCAGGAAGCAAGCAACCUUUCCAGGUGAGACGAUAUUAGUUUUUGUUGCAAAGUGGACCAUUGAGAAAAUUGCCUGCCUUUAAAGCAAAGCUGG